AUGGCCAGGAAGCCGCGAAGCAAAAAGGAAACUCCACCCAAGGAUUCGCAGGACAGCGAAUGCAACUCUGCUCCUAUGGAUAAUUCAUCAUCUCCUCCACUCUCUUCCCCUCCAACGUCAGCUGUGCUUUCGGAUCAAGCAGACCAACUAAGGAUCGAACAGCUUGAAUGCACCCGAGCAGACUGGGAUUUCGAAACGAUGAUCAACGACGCGGGGGACGAGAACAAUAGAACGAGACUUAGACUGCACUUUGACAAUGACGCCGCUUUCACCACGCAGACUAUCAAAGCCUUUGGGACGCUAGCAAAGCUCAUUCCCGGAAAGGAAGAGCGGGACAAGCAACUAGUAAAACUACGUAGCGCCUUGUGCAAUCGACUAAAGGGCCACAGACCCAAAGCUUUGGGAGGCUUCAGAGCUCCACCUUUUGGCGAUGAUGAUGCGAGAAAGGACAAGUCUGUCAGGGAUGAGGUGAAAAAACUGAUCACAGACCUGGAUCCGAAGUUCGAGGAUGGCGAGGAUGAAGAAGAUGGGAAAGAAGCGGAAACCGUAAACAGUGGGAAGGCGCGGCCUGACGAGACAACUACGACUGCAAACAAAGGAGAGCCUUCCAAGGGUAACACAUCAAGGCAACAGUCUACUGUGAGUGAAGGUGCACAGGCUGGCAAAGGUCAAAAACCACGACAAGGCAGUCAAUCCGCAGUCGAUGACGAGUAUAGCCACGAGGGGCGUCUGGCGCUAGAACAGGCAAUCUUGGACAAUUGGCGUGAACACAGAGGGUCAAUUCCCGAUCACCUCCCCGAUGAUGCUUAUCCUUCUGGAAUUCAUGUAACCGAUUGGCCUUUCGACCUUCUCGAAGCGCUUGUGAGUCUGUCGAAUGUCACUCGUGGACGGGACAUGGAAGAUAUACGUGCAAAGCUGGACGAUGCAUUUCCACCUACUAAACAAUAUUCGCAUGGAAGAUCUCUUGACUUCAUCAAGGCUGCACGGGACUAUUAUGAUAAAGGAAAGAAUAAGGAGUCGCAGACAGAUCAACACGAAGGGAGGCCUGCAAACAAUGCCAGCGAAACGGCCGAUGAUGUCAGCCAUUCAGGUGGACAACAAGAGAUAUUACCUCCGCCUACUACCAAGCUAACAAGGAAGCCAAGGACCACAACUGCAACCAAAGCUGCAAGACCGAAUCCUGGUAGCCAAGCAGGUCAAGACGCGCAAGUUGAGGGGACAGCAACCGCCCAACCAUCGACACAGCCUGUAGCACCACAGCCAGCAGGCAAAAGGUCAAAUAACGAGGUAGCAGAUACUGAGCCACCUCCAAAGAAGACAAAGCGUGCAGCGACCGGAGAAGACCUGCCCACAGCUCCUGUACAUGCAGAUCCAAGCCAGGUCCUCAGUCUGUCUCCAGCUGACGAAAGUGAGACUAUCACAAACCAGCCCCGUGCAACUGGUCCACGAAUCCGUAACGCCACCACCCUUCUCGUGCCAUCCCAUCUUUCCGACGCGGACAAGCAAGCCUACUGCCGCGCAGUCCUAGUCAGCCAAAUAGCAAGCAGCGAGCGCAUCGAAGGGGAGGGGCGGGUCAAGAUUGCCAAAGAGGCGAGGACGAUUGGGUACGCGAGUGCUAGGAUUAGUGAGUUCGGAAGUCUGGAGACCGCUGUGGCUGAGGCGGAGAUCGAGGUCGAGAGGAGGAAGAGGGAAACUAUUAUGCUUGCUGGGAAGAUUAUGGAGAUUGCUGGUGUGGUGGGUGACGGUGUCAACAAGGAAGAGUGGCUGGUGGAUGAGGAGGGUGUGAGGAGGCUUGAUGCAUAA